UACAUAUAUAUUUUUUAUAUUUUGUUUAUAAGACAAGUACAAAAUUAUUUGGGUAAUUUUAAGCUAAUAUGAAUAGUCAGUCAAGUAACAGAAAGCAACACUCAAACAGUUGUCUGGAUAAUGAAAAGGAUGCUGUACAAUGUUUUUGUUUAUGGAACGUUAAAACGUGGAGAGCCCAAUCAUCAUUGGUUUCGUCCGGAAAACGGAUUUUCACGUUUUAUAGCUGCUGGCUCGACAACACAAAAAUUUCCAUUAAUUGUUGGCACUCGUUAUAAUAUACCAUUUUUACUUGAUCGACCCGGUAUUGGACAUAAUAUAAAAGGUGAAAUCUAUGAAAUCGAUGAGGCAAUGCUGGGUAAACUCGAUGAGUUGGAAGGAUAUCCACAAUAUUACGAUCGAGAAAUACAAAACAUAACCGUGGAGAACGAAUCAAUGCAAUGCUGGUUAUACUUGUUGCGGAAGUUCCCGGAAAAAAUAUUGGAAAAAACACUUCUGGAAGCAUAUCAUAACACACCGGAGCAGCCAUAUUGCGAAAGCUAUGUGGACAGUACUAUUGAUGAUAUAUUUGAUUCCGAUGACUUGAAACAACAAUCCAAUUAAUGAAAAAAACUAACUUACAUUCCACAUAUACUGUUUUUUUAUGUUUUAUUUAAAUGCAAAUACAAUAUUACAACUGAGAAAAUUAAAAAAAUUUUUUAUUUAUGCUAAUGCUUGUUUAUUUCCCUACUUACAAGUAAAUUGGGGGAAUUGGCUUGAAGAUUAGCGCAUGUUCAAUAUCAUAACAAGUUUCACUAUAGAACGGAAAAUCAUGCCGUUUUAUUAAUAUAUAUUGUGCCAAUACUAUUUAUUUUUUUUUACAGAAAAUGCGCUUGAGGAACAACAAACAUAUACUGAAAUAAAUUAUAUAAACUAAAUAAAAUCAGUAUAAAAAAAAUGCAGAUUUAGAAUUUUAUACAGGCUACCCGAACGAUUUAAAUUAAAUUGAAUACGUCAUAUGAUUGACAGUGCUUCAGUCAGCAAAUAAUAAAACUGACUCUAGCUGUCAUCCUCAUCGA